AUGGCCGUACGUGCCGGUGCCAUGUUUCGCAGCCCAAACCCCGCCAAGCCGAGACCCGUCCCAGUCCUGUGUCCUGGGGCUGGAUCUGUCCCGCUCCCUUCCCUCGGCCGGUCCCUUCUGGGGUCAGACCACCUCCGCACAGGGCCGCACGCGUUCGGGCCCCUCCACGUGCGCGCUGACCCCGGGCUGCGCCUGGGCAGAGGUGACCCCACGGGGCAGGACCACGCCGGCCCCUGUCCCGCCGGCCUCUCCCCGGGGAUGCCCCGGCAGGCGGUGAACGUGCGCAGGCCUCGCCACCCUCCACGCGUGCCCGUCCGCUGCCUGGCGAGCAGCGCGUCCUUGGAGCGAGCCCUCUCGCCCGCCCAGCUGGGGGCCUGCGGGGGGCUCUUCCCCGGGGCUCUCCCUCCAGCCCCUGGGCACCCCUCCGGCUUCGUGGGUGGGCGCACAGCCAGCACCGGGUGGGGGGAACCAUCCGCCCGGGCUGGGACAGGGCUGGGAGCAGGCAGGGAGCACGGGGUGGCUCCGGCGCGGGAGGGACCAUGUCGGGUGCUGCCUCUGGGCUCUGCCCGCGGGCAGGAGCAGGGCAGGGGCACAGCCACAACCCCUGUGUGUCGGCAGAGCCCUUUCCACUUCCACAUGGACCGGCAGAGCUCGCUGGAGACGCUGGUGGACGUGCUGGUGAGCGUCCUGCAGGCCAACGACUGGCGAGAGACCAACCUGGUGCUCUGCCACCCCUGGGAUGUCUCCGGCUUCCUCAACCUCUGGGCCCGCCGCUCCCAGCUCUUCCUCCGCACCAUCCUGGACCUUGGCUACCUGGAUGAGGCCGGGGCCACCCGCUACCUCCGGCAGCAUGGGGAACGCUUCAGGACCCUCUCCAGCCCCGUGCUGGUGCUCGGCUGCGACCUGCAGCGCGCCCGGCUCAUCUUCCGGGCGGCCGAGGAGUUGGGGCUGCCACCGCAGGAGCUUCACUGGAUGCUGGGCUCCCCGCUCAGCGCCGGCGAGCUGCAGACCGAGGGGCUGCCCCUGGGGCUGCUGGCCUACGGGGAGGUCAACCGGCCGCCACUGGAGCUCUUCAUCCAGGAUGCGGUGGAGCUGGUGACCCGGGCCAUCGCCAGCGCCGCCCGCGUCCGCCCCGACCUGGCUCUCCUGCAGACAAUGGUGAACUGCAACGACAAGCACCGGCCGGGCGCCGAGUCCUCGGGGCUCUUCCUCUCCCGGUUCCUGGCCAACACGUCCUUCCACGGCCGGACGGGGCCCGUGCGCAUGGAGAACGCGACGCUGGUGCGCGCAGAGCAGCGGUACCGCGUCUGGAGCCUCCUGCGGCGGGACCCACGGGGGGAGCCCACCUGGGUGACGGUGGGCACCUGGCGGCACGGCAAGCUGGAGCUGGAGGAGAGCGUGUGGCAGAGCCACCGCCAGCGCAAGAGCCCCGGCGAGGGCGCCGGGGGGGCCCGCGUGAGGCUGCGGGUGGUGACGCUGGUGGAGCACCCCUUCGUCUUCACCAGGGAGGCGGAUGAGGACGGGAGCUGCCCGGCUGGGCAGCUCUGCCUGGACCCCGGCACCAACGACUCGGCCGUGCUGGACGCCCUCUUCGAGGAGCUCAGCGCCGACAACGGCUCGGUGCCGCGGGCUUACAAGAAGUGCUGCUAUGGGUACUGCAUCGACCUGCUGGAGAAGCUGGCCGAGGACGUGCCCUUCGACUUCGAGCUCUACAUCGUGGGUGAUGGGAAAUACGGGGCCUGGAAGAACGGACGCUGGACAGGGCUGGUGGGGGACCUGCUCAGUGGCACGGCCCACAUGGCCGUCACCUCCUUCAGCAUCAACUCGGCGCGAAGCAAAGUCAUCGACUUCACCAGCCCCUUCUUCUCCACCAGCCUGGGCAUCCUGGUGAGGACCAAGGACACGGCGUCGCCUAUCGGGGCCUUCAUGUGGCCCUUGCACUGGACCAUGUGGGUGGGCAUCUUCGUGGCCCUGCACAUGACGGCACUCUUCCUCACCCUGUACGAGUGGAAGAGCCCCUACGGCAUGACCCCCCACGGCCGCAACCGCAUGAAGAUCUUCUCCUACUCCUCAGCCCUCAACCUCUGCUACGCCAUCCUCUUUGGGCGCACCGUCUCCAGCAAGACGCCCAAGUGCUGCACUGGCCGCUUCCUCAUGAACCUCUGGGCCAUCUUCUGCCUCCUGGUGCUCUCCAGCUACACGGCCAACCUCGCGGCCGUCAUGGUGGGGGACAAGACCUUUGAGGAGCUCUCGGGCAUCCACGACCCAAAGCUGCAUCACCCCUCGCAGGGCUUCCGCUUCGGCACAGUGUGGGAGAGCAGCGCCGAGGAGUACAUCAAGAAGAGCUUCCCCGAGAUGCACGAGUACAUGCGGCGCUACAACGUCCCCACCACCCCCGCCGGCGUCACCAUGCUCAAGUGAGGGGCAGGGAGGGCAUGGGCGGGGGGGGCUGUGCCCCCGCCCCAGCGCUGCCGCUCUCUUCCCCCUCCCCUGCCGGGGCCAGGCUACGGCAUCGGCCUCCCCCAGAACUCGCCGCUGACCUCCAACAUCUCCGAGUUCAUCAGCCGCUACAAGUCGGCCGGGUUCAUCGACCUCCUGCACGACAAGUGGUACAAGAUGGUGCCCUGCGGCAAGCGCGUCUUCGCCGUCACAGAGACCCUGCAGAUGGGCAUCUACCACUUCUCGGGGCUCUUCGUGCUGCUCUGCAUCGGGCUCAGCGGCUCCCUGCUCACCUCGCUGGGCGAGCACGUCUUCUACCGCCUCGUCCUGCCCCGCAUCAAGCGCAAGAAGAAAUUCAACUACUGGCUGCACACCAGCCAGAAAAUCCACCGGGCUCUGAACACGGGCACGGAGGAGCAGAAGAGCCAGCAGCUGGGCUUGGAGCAGAGGUGCCAGCUCCAGGCGCGGCGGGCAGCGGGGCAGCCCUGGAGCGCCCUGCAGAAGGAAGCGCGGCGGGUGCGCUUCCAGCUGGACAAAGCCCCCCCCGAGGGCGAGGGGUCCCUGCGGCACCCUGGGAACGGGCAGGCGCCGCAGCCCCCGGACAGGGCGGCCGGCGAGAGCGAGCUCCGGGAGCUGGAGGAGAAGAUCCAGGAGAUGCGGGAGCAGCUGUGCGCGGCCCUGGUGAGGAAGAGCGAGCUGGUGGCCAUGCUGGGCACAGCGAAGAGCGGCCGGGCACUGCCCGCCCCGCCGGCGGAGGAGCCCCGGGAGGAGAGCCGCUAUUCUAACCCGAAAGCUGCCACGCACACGCAGGCGGUCUGUGACAAACCAGCUCACACUUGUGAACAGCACCUGGACCGCAAACGUGACCGCAGCAGGCAAAGCUUGGCCAAGGAAAAGCCGGGGCACGGAGCCGACUGCAGGGCUCGAGCAGGCAGCCGGCUCGCCCGCAGCACGAGGCCCCCGAGCCUCGCAGGCUAG